UUGGAUACAUAUGCCGUAAAGAGCGAUGGAGUUGACCUACAUGUAUAUUGUUAUUUUACUCUGUGUUCUUGACGCUACUCUGGGAAUUCAAACUUAUGACAUCAAGCGCCGAAAUGUGCAAGACACAUCCCAGUCUGAGUGUUCAGUAACAUCCGCCCUGCUUGACAUCCUGAAGAACGACCUGAAACGCUUGGAAGACAGAUACGAUGAUCUGGUGAAACGGUUGGGAGAUGAACAGACACGGUUGGAAGGCAGAUACGAUGAUCAGCUGAAACAGUUGGGAGAUGAACAGACACGGUUGGAAGGCCGAUACGAUGAUCUGGUGAAACGGUUUGGAGAUGAACAGACACGGUUGGAAGGCAGAUACGAUGAUCAGCUGAAACGGUUGGGAGAUGAACAGACACGGUUGGAAGUAAGAUUCGAUGAUCAGCUGAAACGGUUGGGAGAUGAACAGACACGGUUGGAAGUAAGAUUCGAUGAUCAGCUGAAACGGUUGGGAGAUGAACAGACACGGUUGGAAGUAAGAUUCGAUGAUCAGCUGAAACGGUUGGGAGAUGAACAGACACGGUUGGAAGUAAGAUUCGAUGAUCAGCUGAAACGGUUGGGAGAUGAACAGACACGGUUGGAAGUAAGAUUCGAUGAUCAGCUGAAACGGUUGGGAGAUGAACAGACACGGUUGGAAGUAAGAUUCGAUGAUCAGCUGAAACGGUUGGGAGAUGAACAGACACGGUUGGAAGUAAGAUUCGAUGAUCAGCUGAAACGGUUGGGAGAUGAACAGACACGGUUGGAAGUAAGAUUCGAUGAUCAGCUGAAACGGUUGGGAGAUGAACAGACACGGUUGGAAGUAAGAUUCGAUGAUCAGCUGAAACGGUUGGGAGAUGAACAGACACGGUUGGAAGUAAGAUUCGAUGAUCAGCUGAAACGGUUGGGAGAUGAACAGACACGGUUGGAAGUAAGAUUCGAUGAUCAGCUGAAACGGUUGGGAGAUGAACAGACACGGUUGGAAGUAAGAUUCGAUGAUCAGCUGAAACGGUUGGGAGAUGAACAGACACGGUUGGAAGUAAGAUUCGAUGAUCAGCUGAAACGGUUGGGAGAUGAACAGACACGGUUGGAAGUAAGAUUCGAUGAUCAGCUGGAACGCUGA